AAGUGAGGGAGCGGUGUUGGCACGGCUAUUUAACCUCACCGGGUACAAAACUAUACUCCACUCUGAGAAGAAAAAGAGAAAAGGGCCGUAAAGAACGGAGACAGAGAGUAAGCUGGCUCCAUCAUGUCCUAUUAUGAGCACUUUGUGAUAUCAGAAUCGGAUAAUGACUACAAUGACACAAGUUCCGGUUUUGGUUCUGGCUUGGGGGAUUUCGGCACUGGAUUUGAGGAGCCGUGUGACCGUGAGCUGCUGAGCCCAAGUGUGCAGCGUAUCUUCCUCCCGGUGGUGUACGGCUUCAUCUUCACCCUGGGGAUCACUGGGAACGGCCUGGUGGUGUUCGUACUGGGCUGCCAGCGGAAGGCCCGUCUAAGCCUAACGGACCGCUACCGGCUGCACCUCUCCGCUGCUGACCUGCUCUUCGUUCUGGCACUGCCCUUCUGGGCUGUAGAUGCUGCGCUCGGGGACUGGCGAGUCGGAGCGGUCAUGUGCGUGGGCGUGCACGUCAUCUACACAGUGAACCUAUAUGGCAGUGUGCUGAUCCUAGCCUUCAUCAGUCUGGACCGCUACCUUGCAGUGGUCAAAGCCACGGUAACCAGCACCACACACACCCGGCAGCUGCUGGCACACAGGCUGGUGUACGCUGGCGCCUGGCUGCCUGCUGGUCUCCUGGCCAUCCCUGAUAUGGUGUUCGCUCGGACCCAGGAGGCAGGGGAGGGGGAGAUGGUGUGCACGAGGCUCUACCCGCCGGAGAACGCCCCACUGUGGGUGUCCCUGUUCCACCUGCAGACUGUGCUGGUGGGGCUGGUGGUGCCGGGCCUGGUGCUGCUGGUGUGUUACUGCGUGAUUGUGUCCAGGCUGACCCGGGGGCCGUUGGGGGGCCAGAGACAGAAGAGGAGGGCGGUGCGGACCACUGUAGCUCUGGUUCUCUGUUUCUUCCUCUGCUGGCUGCCGUACUGCAUUGGCAUCGCCGUGGAUGCUCUCCUCCGCUUGGAGCUGAUCCCUCGAGGCUGUACGCUGGAGUCAGGCCUGGGGGUGUGGUUAGCGGUGUCUGAACCAAUGGCGUACGCUCACUGCUGCUUGAAUCCACUGCUCUAUGCGUUCCUUGGAGUGGGGUUCAAGAGUUCUGCUCGCCGCGCCCUCACACUUACACGCACCUCCAGCCUGAAGAUUGUCCCACGUAGACGAACAGGCGCCAUGACGUCCACAACGACAGAGUCAGAGUCAUCUAGUCUGCACUCCAGUUAACAGAGACAAUAGACUAUAGCCUAAUAUUAUGUGUGUGUGUGUGUGUGUGUGUGUGUGUGUGUGUGUGUGUGUGUGUGAGAGAGAGAGAGAGAGAGUAAGGAGAAGUCUGCUGGUCAGUCGUUCUUUCUAAUGUCCUGAGAUUUUUGAGGUAAAUAUUUGUCCAACAUACAUGUUAGUCAUUUAACAGACACUCUUAUCCAGAGCGACUUACAGGAGAAAUUAGGGAUAAGUGCGUUGCUCAAGGGUACAUGGACAGAUUUUCACCAAGUCGGCUCGGAGAUUCAAAUCAGCAUUCACUCACACGCACACGCACACGCACGCACGUGCACACACAAGCACGCUAAUGUUUUACUGUUGUUGUGACUCACUCACACCUGGUCCAAAUUCACAUGUCUAAAAUAUCAGCUAGUUUCAUUUUCAGUGUGUGUGUGUGUGGGGGGGGACUGUGUAAUAGCGAGGGGAGUAUCAUGAUGAUUAUAACAUGAUAUGAGGCCCACCUUCCACCCAACUAGUGGAAGCCGGCAUAAUGGGUGGACUGGCACGGCCAGUGCGAGUGUAUCAAUAGCACAGAUAGAAUAAUGAGAUGAAUAUUUCACUGCAUGUAUAAAUGUGAAGCAUCCAUUUGGCGUUUCCACUCGCUAUCAAAUAUGGUGAUCAGAGGAAGCCCAGUGGCCGGGCAGUGGGAGAAGAUGGAGCGAGAUGGAUUUUGGCCGACAUUCUGCAAAUUUUCUCAUCAAUGAACAUUUGAUCUCCAGACAGUUUUCUGUUUCCAAAACUACAAUCUGUACCAAACAGAGUGAACUGUGUUUUGUAAACUGUAUUACUUGCCAAAGUUUUAAAAAAUGGUGUUGUUCAGAAGGAGCACAAGAGCAAAUCUUUUGGGGGGGGGGAAUAUUUGUUGCUUUGCCCCCAUUCACUGCUGUUAUGGUAUUUAUGUAGUUUUUUUUAUGGCUCAACAUUUUUGUAAUAAAAUGUGCAAAAACAUUA